ACGGCGAGCGCCCACAUCAUCACGACGGUGAUUGGGUCAGGGGUUCUGUCCCUGGCUUGGGCAAUCGCCCAGCUGGGUUGGGUGGUCGGACCGGCGGUUCAUCUUCUCUCUCAUCACCCUUUUCACCUCCACCCUGCUCGCCGACGCCUACCGCCAGGUUCGGCUUUGCGGCAUGGCCCAGUACGCGAACCUGGUCGGCGCCACCGUCGGUUACGCCAACUUUCAUUUCCUUACUGA